AUGGAAAGACAAGGAUCUGUUCGGCGGGCAAGAGAGAUGCUGGAAGCUGGGAGACGUCACGAACCUCAGGCGGAUGCAGGAGUGCCACCUCUCAGAAAAGAUGUUGCGCAUAUGACACAAUGGCCCUUACCAACCGAGAACUUGCAGACGAAUAUGGUCGAUUCUCACGUAAGACAUCUCACUCCCCAGGGCCCUCCGCCUCAGCGGCCCCCACGGCCCGACAUGCCAUCCCCAUCAGUGUAUUCAGAGAGAAGCUUUCCAGAUGUGGCACCGAGCCCUCUACACAUCAAACGACCAGUCCCAUCGUUCUCGCAGCCAUUGUCACAUUCAUCGCCUCCCCGGGUUGCUGUUCAACGACCUCCUUCGAGCCCGAGUAGUGCUGCAGCUUCAACCCCUCGCGUGUCUGUAGCAACGGAGGAUCUUCUGAGGCAUUCCACAGUUUCCUCGGCUGCCUCUAUGGCAUCGAUCCCUGAUUUUCCCUUCCCCGCUCAACGUCUGCCGGCCGAUCCCUCUCAAAGGAAUGUAGCAAACCUCGCCCCUCCUCCGGUAGGCCGUCAGGUUGUUAAUCGCGUCUCGUCUGUUUCACCUAUUCCAGAGGAGCGAUCUGACAGUAAAGGCUCCCAUGUAUCAAGCAGGGCGAUCCCAUCAUGGACUUCAGCAAAGGCUGAAUCAGAGAUCUUGGGGACCUACCUUGAUGGAGUCUCAGAUGAUGAUGAUGGAGAGCCAGAUCAUGCUGUUAAUGGGAACAAUUCUACCCUGGUGAGACAGGCAAGCAUAGGAAAACGAGGCCAGCCUUCCGUGUGCAUGAUCCGAAGAUCUACUGCUGAGUCGCCUGUACCACCCUCGUUCUCAAAGGAAAUUUCGGCCGGAAAGGCAAGGAGAGGCUCGUUUCUGACAUCAUCAUCUGAUUCGUCUCACUUUGAUUUGGACAAGGCCCCAUUUGUAUUGGACGUUGGUCAACAACACCCGGAACAUGUCAACUCUGAAGCUCUCGCAAAAGAGAUUGAAGUUUUCCCGAGGGCCAUGCCAACGAUGAGCGACAAAAGGCCAGGUGGCCGCAGACCACCUCCCCUGAAUAUGGGUGCUGUGCGUGACGCAGAGAAGCGAGGUAGUCUUACAAGCUUGCCUGACUUAAUUCGGCGUGCGACGAAACUUGCAACAAAUCUGGAGCAUGGGAGAACGGCAAGCCGGAAUGAUCUUCUCGGCGGGGGGCCGUCCAGAUUCCCAUUUGGCCACCAACAUCGUGGGUCGGGAUCCAUCAAGGAUAUUCUUGCCUCGUUUCCCCCACCAGCUGCUACGCCGGAGAACGGUCACUCGUCUUGGCCUUUUUUCUUCAAGCGAUCAACAUUGCAUCAGCUGAAUUCUCGAGAAUCGGGACCUAGGGAGGUCCAGGAGAAAGGACAAAAACGACCCCGUCGUUGCUGUGGAAUGCCCCUUCGUCUUUUCAUUAUCCUUUGUGUUGUGUUUCUUAUCAUUGUCCUCAUUGCUGUUCUAGUACCUAUCUUCGUCGUCGCCGUACCGAAGCAUAAGGCAGCUAGUGCCAAGACUGGGUGUGCGAAGACUGCGCCAUGUGAGAACGGCGGUGUAAGUGUCUCGAGCGGUGACGUCUGCUCUUGUGUCUGCGCAAAUGGCUAUACAGGUUCUCGGUGUACAAUAGCCGGGGAUGCCAGCUGUACCACGACCGAGAUAGAUGACGACUCUGAGUCCAGGAACGCCACGAUGGGGAGCGAAAUUCCGCGCUUGUUCGAAGACUCUCAGAAUAACUAUAGCAUUCCGCUAGAUCCGCUCACCAUUAUGGCACUCUUCAGUCGAAAUAAUGUUUCCUGUACUACAGAGAACACACUUGUCUCGUUUCGAAACGUGUCCAACAACAAAGCCCGACGCUCUCUCCCCGUUGAUCUGCCAGCCUCUCCCUUGCCAGAAGACGAAAUUGGUGGAUCAGUACCUACCACCACCCCAGAAAUUGUCCCCACGCGGACCCUCGCUGCUCGAGGCUCUACCUCAACAAUGAAUGGCAUUAUAUUCGAUGGUUCAGAACCAACAGAGGUGCACGGACCACCGACAAGCACAACACCAUCAACAACCAAGGAGAGCUCCGUAGGCUCUUCGACCACCACAACCACGCCCACACCAACUGCCACAGUCUCCACGGAGGUUCUGGAUUUCUCCCGAAUAGCUGUCCUCUACAUCUUCGAGAAAACCGGUACGCUUGAUGCGGCCAUGCUUUCGGAAGAGAAGAUUGAAACAUACCUUACUGGUCCAUAUCCGAGCUCCAAGGACAAAUACACUAUCGAUCUCGCCAACUCGGGCGUCAAAGGAAACUAUACCUUGAACUUUGAGCGGUUUCAGAUCACGUCACCAAGCGGGGAUGUUGUGGGUGGAAAGUAG